AUGGUUGCAGAGACAAAACUAUAUGACACCCUUGGUGUGUCGCCAGACGCCACUCCAUCUCAGCUGAAAAAGGCGUACAGAAAACUGGCUCUUAAAUUUCACCCAGAUAAGAACUCAUCUCCAGAGGCUGCAGAGAAAUUCAAAGAUAUCACAAGUGCCUACGAGGUGUUGAGUGAUGAAAGAAAGAGACAGAUCUACGAUCAAGUUGGUGAAGAAGGUUUGAGCGGUGGAGGAAUGGGGGGUAUGGGAGGCAUGGAUGGAUCUGACAUCUUUUCUCAAUUCUUUGGCUUUGGAGGUCAAAGGGAACCUCAGGGACCAAAGAAGGGCAAAGAUAUCAAACAUACCAUUAGUUGCACGUUGCAAGAGUUGUACAAGGGCAGAACUGCCAAGUUAGCCUUAAACAGAACUGUGCUUUGUAAAUCAUGUGACGGUAAGGGUGGCAAAAACGUGAAGAGGUGUUCCACUUGUAACGGUACAGGUAUGAAGUUUGUCACCAGACAGAUGGGACCUAUGAUCCAAAGAUUUCAGACUACCUGUGAUGUGUGUAACGGAGAGGGAGAUAUCAUACCGUCUAAAGACAGAUGUCAAGUCUGUAGGGGUAAGAAGGUCAAUAACGAAAGAAAGAUAUUGGAGGUGCAUAUCAAUCCUGGUAUGAAGGCUGGUGAGAAGGUUGUUUUUCAUGGAGAAAGUGAUCAAUACCCUGAUACUAUUCCUGGUGAUGUUAUAUUCGUUGUUGAUCAGAAGCCCGACGAUAAGUUUACCAGAAAGAACGACGACCUCUACUAUGAGGCUAAGAUCGAUCUUUUAACGGCUUUGGCAGGAGGAGAAAUUGGUUUCAAACAUGUAAACGGAGAGUUUUUGAAAUUGGAGAUGAUUCCCGGUGAGGUCAUUUCUCCAAAUAAGGUUAAAGUGAUUGAAGGUAAAGGUAUGCCUAUUCAAAAAAUGGGAGAUUAUGGUAACUUGUUUGUCAAGUUUACUGUUGAGUUCCCUCCUGAUCACUUUGCUACAGAUGAGAAAUUGAAGGAUUUAGAGAAGAUCCUUCCUCCUAGACCGAAAUUGAAUGUUCCAAGGGGUGUUGAAGUUGAUGAUUCUUGCAUGCUAGUUGAUUAUGAUCCUAUCAAGCAUAGUGGUCGUAGAGGACACAACGGCUCUGGCUAUUACGAUGAGGAUGAAGAAGAAGAAGGUCAACCUGGUGUUCAGUGUGCUCAACAGUAA